CGUACUGUGAUGGGCGUUUCAUGGUGGACUCGAGGCUCGUGGUCCUUGACUUGCCCUUCCUUAUCUUCGAAAGUUCUAUUAAACUCACUCAAUACUUCCUUGAACCUAACUCGCAACGAUGGCUGCAAUCUCUUUCUGUAUCUUUUCACUCAUACUGUCUUCUUCCUUGCUUCACUCUUCACUCUCUGCUUUUUCUGCCGAACUCCCUCGCUCCGAAAGAGAAGCAUUGGAGAUCAUCAUCGGCGGCGGAGGAGCUCCUUCCCCUUCCGACGACUCUCCUCCCGCCGACUGCCUGUCCCCCUUUCUGGUGAAAGCUCGCCAAGUGCUUCUGAACUUCGCCAAAACCAUUGACGACCCCAAUUGCUUUACCAGCACCUGGGAUCCCAAUGACACCCCUUGUAACUACAAGGGUGUUAAAUGCGAUGCGUAUCCAAACCAAAAUAAAGACCAAGCCGUUUCAGGAUUAGAUUUCAACCAAGCUGGGUUCUCUGGCCUCAAAGGUUCAAGCUUGCGUCUUUCAGGAAUCCUGGACUCCAUUCCAGAAUUAACAUUCUUCCAUGUCAACUCCAACAAUUUUUCCGGAGAGGUCCCCAAAAAAAUCAUGGAAUACAAAUUUUUCUUCGAGCUCGACUUGAGCAACAACAGGCUCCAGGGUUGUUUCCCAAUGGAAGUCCUCUCUAAUAAUGAUAAACUCCUUUUCUUAGAUCUCAGGUUCAAUAGUCUCACCGGACCAGUCCCUCCAGAGCUCUUCACCAGGGAUCUAGACGUCAUCUUCAUCAACAACAACCAAUUCAGCGGCAACCUUCCAUGGAAUUUCGGCCACACACGUGCCAGAUACCUCACAUUCGCCAACAACAGGUUCACCGGACGGAUCCCAAGAAGCAUCGGCAACACGUCAAAAACCUUGACGGAAGUUCUCUUCUUGGGAAACCAGUUUUCUGGGUGCUUACCUUACGAGGUCGGGUUCCUGAAAAAGGCCACCGUCUUCGAUGUUAGCAAUAACUCAUUGACGGGUCCGAUCCCAGAGUCCUUCGCUUGCUUGGAGAAGAUUCGGUUCUUGAACUUAGCUCACAACAAAUUCUACGGCGCCGUUCCGGAAUCAGUGUGCGAGCUUCCUGGAAUCCGCAACGAUGGGAAUCUGACCUUGAGGGGUAACUAUUUCACUGAAGUUGGACCUAUAUGCUGGAAGCUGAUAAAAUCAAAGGUGCUUGAUGUGAGCCAGAAUUGCAUAAAGGGCCUUCCGAACCAGAAAUCGCCAGAAGAAUGUUACAAGUUUCUGUCCUGUGUGAAGCCAUGCGCGGAUGAACAGUCUCUCAAGGUGGUUCCAUGUAGGAAAUACUAUCCCAAGUACGAUGAAACGGCUUCGCCUCCGGCGCCGGUGACCUACGAGUCUCUGAAGCCGACACGGCAUCGACUGAUGUGAGCCAGACGAUGUGGAGCUGCUGAUUGUUGAGGCUUCCCUGUAUCUUCUUCUUAGAAGUGUUCUUGAGUCGCGGGUUUAUAUAUGUAAUAUUAUAUAUUGUGAAUUUUUCGUCUCUUGUGUCUAAUUAAGAUGGGGAAUAUUGAUGAAUAAGCAUAAGCAGUGUAAUGAAAUUUGGCGUUCCUCGAGUCUAAUAAGAUGUUAAUUUUAUGAUUUA